GGGUGGCCGACGCCCUACGGCUCCGCGCCUCCGCUGGCCUCAGCUUCCACUGGGCAGCCGGCCAAUGGAGAUUAGGAAGUGGCUGCCUGAAGUAUUUUCCAAAGGAUAAACAUUACAAAGUAUUGGAUACACCAGUUCACCAAGAAGAUCCUAUUGGUUUGGGGUAAAUGGAAAAAUAUCCUCAGGAGCACAACUUCCAGCAGCCAUAAGGGAUGCUGCUUCUUGGAGGCCAUCUGAAGCGAGCUCCUCCUCAGAAGAUUUUGUGUGGGUUCUGUGCCAUGAUGGGGAAACUGCAAAGCAAACUCAGACACAGCACUUACAAGUACAGCAGGCCUGAUGCAAUUAGAGAAGAGAGAAUUCAAACUACAGCUUUCCCCGAGUAUAGCCCAGCUCACGUGGAUACCGUCUCUGUUGUUGCUGCUCUGAACUCGGACCUUUGUGUCUCCGGAGGAAAAGAUAAGACAGUUGUGGCCUAUAACUGGAAAACUGGAAAUGUGGUGAAAAGGUUCAAAGGACAUGAACGUGAGAUCACCAAGAUAGCCUGUAUUCACACAUCAAACCAAUUCUUCAGCGCCUCUCGGGACAGGAUGGUCCUGAUGUGGGACUUGCAUGGUUCCUCACAGCCAAGGCAGCAGUUCUCGGGCCAUGCCAUGGUGGUCACCGGAGUGGCUGUGAGUCCAGACUCAUCACAGCUCUGCACUGGCUCUCGGGACAACACCGUCCUUCUGUGGGAUGUGGGGACUGGACAGUGUAUGGAGAGAGCGUCAGUCUCCAGGAACCUGGUCACUCACUUGUGUUGGGUCCCCAGAGAACCAUAUGUACUACAGACUUCUGAAGAUAAGACCAUCAGAUUAUGGGAUAGUCGGGGGCUGCAGGUGGCUCAUAUAUUUCCUACAAAGCAACACAUUCAGACCUACUGCGCGGUCAGUGAGGAUGGACACAGGUGUAUCUCCUGCAGCAGUGGCUUUGGAGGUGAAGGCUGUGAAGCCACGUUGUGGGACCUAAGACAGACGCGGAACAGAAUAUGUGAGUAUAAGGGGCAUUUCCAGACUGUUGCAUCCUGUGUCUUUCUACCAAGAACAUUGGCCUUGAUGCCUGUAAUUGCUACCUCAUCACAUGACUGUAAGGUGAAGAUUUGGAACCAAGAUACUGGAGCCUGCCUGUUCACCUUGUCUCUGGAUGGAUCAGGACCUUUGACUUCCCUGGCUGUUGGCGACACCAUCUCCUUACUGUGUGCAAGUUUCAGCAGAGGAAUUCACUUGCUCAGAGUGGACCGCAGCCGAGGGCUGGAACUGCGGGAAGUGGCAGCAUUCUGAGGCCAAGAGACAUUUGCUGGACAAUAUCAAACCAUGACCCUUCCUUUCUCAGUGUGGCUUUGCUUUUCCAUGUUAUCUUCAGGGGAGGGAGAUGUGGGGCUGGUGUGCUUUGCUUAGGUUUACUUAGAAGGUAUAUCAGUGUUAGAAGUCAAUUUGAGGCCAGUGGUUCCAAAUCAGGUGCAGUUUAAAAACAUGGACUAAACAUAAGGUUCUCAAUCUAAGUUAAAUCCAAACGCAAGUUUUAGUGAGUUACUGGGACUGCUUUUCCC